AUGAACUGGUUCCAUCGCUUUGUUUCUACCUCUUUUAUUCUCUUGAGUGGACUCAGUCACUCCGCCAAUGGCGCUGAUUCGAGCACCUACUAUUUCAAGUACUUCAGUACUUCUGGCAGCAUUUCUCCAUGGUAUAACAACGACAAUUCUUGGGGAGUGAAUGCACCAGCUGGUACUGGAUUUACUGUCAUGGUCACUGGCGAAGACUGGGGCACCUGGUCGCCAGUUCACACACUGCCUAAGAAGAUCAACGACCUGAAUCCUGGUCACAAUACCUGGUUCAGUCAGAAUGCCUAUCCUGCAGAGGGUCAAGGAUAUGAUGCUUGCUACGACAUCUUUAUUGAUCCGAGCUACGCUCCCACUGACCGCAACUCGCAGUACGAGGUGAUGAUAUGGGUCGGUCAUCAGACGCCGAAUAGUCCACUCUCCGACCAAUAUGACUCAAACGGUUCGGUACCUUGGGCGCGAAACGUGAAUAUUGGAGGCAAAGAGUGGGACGUCUACUUAUAUCACUGGCCCACCGGCGGCGAUUUGACUAUGACUUACGUCGACCCGAGCAACGCAGGUUGGUUCUCGGGUAGUUUAACGCCGUUCUUCCAGCAUGGCAUUAGCAACGGCUGGUACAGUGGGGAUGACUACUUAACUAGUGUUAUGGCAGGCUGGGAAUUCGGCCAAGGAAAUUAUGAGGCCACUUCGUGGGGAGCGGUUGGAUUCUGA